UCCUUUCUCACUCAUAUCAUAUUCAUUUCCAUCAGCGUGCCCAUUUCAACUCUCUCUUUGAAAAAUCAAAAUGUGUGGUGGUGCCAUCAUUUCUGAUUUCAUAGACGUCAACUUGAAGACUGGUCGGAAAUUCACCACCCACGACCUCUGCUCUGAGCUCGACACUUUCUCUCACUUCCUACCUUUCAACGCCACCUCCUCCUCUUCUUCUUCUUCUUCCCUUCAUCAUCAUCACUCUCAGGAUCCAAACCCCACUCCUCUUCCAAAUAACAAAGUGGAGAGAUGCAAGGGUAAGGGGCGGAAGAAGGUGUACAGAGGAAUAAGGCAGAGGGCAUGGGGGAAGUGGGCUGCGGAGAUAAGGGACCCACGUAAGGGUGUGAGAGUGUGGCUGGGGAGUGGGGACUUUCAGCACCGCCGUAGAAGCCGCUCGCGCUUACGACGCCGCCGCCAAGCGCAUCCGCGGAGACAAGGCUAAGCUCAACUUUCCGGGCACUUAUAAGAAGGAUCCUGAUCCUGACCUCAUGCACCAAAUCUCCGACC